AUGGCAAGUUUACUCGACGCUGAAGCUAUAUUAUCUUGCAACGAACAAUGGAAGAAAUUAGAUGAAGCUUGGGGUGAUCCUAUAGACCUAGAAACAGAUGAAGAUCUCACGCCAGCAAUGAAGACUGUCUUCAGUACACUAGACUUGCGAAAAACUACCUUCGACUCGUCAUUUAUUCUAAAAAAAGUACGCAGAAAAGUCGGACGGAAGCUUUCUAAACGAUCGGUUUUGGAUUACAAGGACUUCAUUCACGAUUUGGAAAAAGAAGUCCCGGAGAAUUUGCCAGCAAAGCAGUUCUACUACAUCAGUGGACAAAUACUGUCUGCGCUGUCUAUUGAAGAUAUAUGUGACCAAAUAGAUGAUAUCUUCAAAUCCGUUGAAAAACUAAGUUCAGCUACUAGUACAAUUCGCCAUAGGAAAAAACUGAUACCAGAAGUCGUUGAGUGCAGCAUUACAAUUGAUGAUUUGUCAUUUGAUGACACUGAUGAUAAUGAACGGGAGAAGUGUGAUGAUGACAUAGACGGUUAUAUAGAUGAGGCGUUUGAGCAACUGAAUUCUACAUUAGUGAGUUUGAAUCAAGGUUGUGAUGGAGAAUCUAUGACAAAUUCUGUAACGACUUUAGUGAAAAAAUUCAGUGCCAUGUUGAAGAAUCCGGCUGUUGUCUGUAGUCCGAGAAGAAAGAGACAAUGUUCAAAUAGAUUUAAAGAUUUAUCAGAAUUUUGGAGGAGCCGAGUAGAAUAG